AUGUUUUCCUGGCUGCUCAGGCUAUGUCAGAAAGAGAAUGGCGAUGAAGGAGAGACCAGACCAACGGAGAAGGAAGAGGGAAUCCUUUCUCAUGAAAAAGGAAGAAGGAAGUCAUUCUUGAGAAGGCACAGGUCUGCUAGAAAUACUUCAACCCAAAAUUCCAAAAUGACUAAGAAGAGAUCAAAAAUAAAUGAACUAGAAGAACUGAAAUUAGAUAUGAGGAAGAUCAGCAAUGACAUGGAGGAAAUGUGUGGAAUCCUGAACCUUUACAUGUAUGAGGAUUUGAACUACAGAAUGAACACUGAAUUCAACAUCAUUAAAUCACAACAUGAGAAGACAAUGUUGGAUAUGGAUAAAAUGACCCAGUCCAUAAUUAUUUCCAUGAAGUUCUCCGAGGAACUGUUAAAAGAUAACUAUUCCUACAGCAUCAAGCAGAAACACCGCCUCCGUGAGUGCACUCAACUAAAGGAAAAAGUGAGGAUAUUACUGAAUGAGAACAGAAAGCUGCUGGUGGAGCAGGCUGGAACGCAAGUGUCCCAUGGGGAAGAAAAGAGGUUCUGUGAGGAGGCCAGCAAGAACAUCUGUGCCUCAAGUGCCAAGGAGCAGCAGGUAGGAUGAUGUGUAUCAGAGGCAGAUUGCCCUCAUGUCUAAACAUAAACAUAGACAAUCAAAUGUAAUAGUCCACCAACUUCUCCAGGCACUCACCUAUGUCUCCUCCAAGUGUUUGUUUAUGUGAUCAUCUACAGGACUCUCUGUGGAGGUAGCCUGGUUCAAGAAACUGCAUGUUUGGCAUGCAAAUGUUCCUGCUCUGCUAGAAUCACUAAGGGAGAUAGGUUGAUUACACAUCACAACACUACAUGCCUUAAGUUUGAAGGAUGCUGUGUUGGAGCCCUUCUUGAUAAUAGAAAGAGCUUUGAAGGAAGAAGUAAAGGCCUGUAGCUCAUUUGCUUUACAGGGAUCUUAUGAGAUUCUAGGUAGGAAAUAGUUUGCAGGGAUGACAGCCUUGUGUAAUUGACAAAUAAGUGGAUUUCAUAGCUGUCUUUUUGCCACUUCCAUUCACCCCUUUCCCCUCUAUCUCAAAAUAGUCUCUACAGGCUUCAUAUAUCUUGGUUCACACUGAGAGGUCCUGAGUAGCAUAUUGUCAGUCCCAUUUUCUUUGAGUGAUGUUGGAGUGGUCAUUCCUGGGCCUUAGAGUCUGGAGUUGUCUGGAUGACCAGAGAUGACAGAGAGGCUUCUCACAGGCUCAGGUUUGGUGUGUGAUUUCUGAGGCUUCAUGAAAAAAUUUCUUAAUAUAUGCCCCCAAUUCUGACCAAGAAGAGUGUUCUCUAGUGAUUUUUGUUAGAUGUUUUUUUUUUUUUUUCUCUCCCCUGUGACAGGGAUUCUCUGUGAAGCACCUGCUGUCAUGGAACUCACUCUGUAGACCCGGCUGUUUUUGAAUUCAGAAAUCUGCCUGCCUCUGCCUCCCAAGUGCUGGGAUUAAAGUAGUGAGCCACUAUGACCUGGCUUCUCUAGGGCAUUUUAUUCCUCUAAAAUAAUCGCAGAGUCGUUGGGUCUCCCUUGAAACAUCUCCUCUGCAUAGUCUGAAUUAUCUUGGUCCUGAACCAUAACAGAUACCUCAUUGUUUUCUGCUCAGUUAUGAUUUUAUGUGAAUCAGUCUGUGUGUGCUUCUGUGUGUGUCUUUGUCUCUGACAGUAUGUCUGUGUGUUUCUUUUUGUGUAUGCAUUGUUUUCUUGACCUGUGUCUCUCUCGGUAUGUUGGGAGGCCAUUCAGUGACAUCUGAGUUGUCCAGUUAUUCUCUAUAUUACUUCUUUGAGCAUUGGUCUCUCAAUAAAAGUGACAUUUCCUGUUUUGUUCUGUCCAGUAGUCUUUGCAUCUCCUGUUCACUAUCAGGUAGCACCCCCUCUCUCAUUUAUUUCAUCAAAUUAAUAAACAAUACAGCUAUUUUAAAAAUAAGUGUUAGAUUUCUUCACUUUCCCUGCAUAGAGUUAUCUCCCUAGGAGAUUUGGGUUUGUCUUAUUGGCUCCACCAUGAACAUGCAUAGAAUCCUACUGUGCAUCCCUCUGCUAACAUGGCUUUUGCUAACUAUAUCGUGGGCAUGGCUUUGUUUCAGGAUAGAUUCCUCCUCAUAGUUGGCACAGUGCUGCAUUUCAUAAAUGUCACAGCACGUUAUUUCACCAGCUUUUUUUCUGACUGAUAUUGAGGAAGAUUUAAUAUCACAUGAACUGUAAUAGGUUGAAAAGUUCCUGGGUAGUGACCAAAAGUCACUGUCUUCCUCUGAUGCUACCAAGGAACCAGUGUAGGUAUAGUGAGGGGACCGAGAGAGUCAACAUGGGGCUUGCUGGGGGCUUUUCUUAGGAAUCUCUUUCUUGGGAAUUUGGUAUUGUGUUGUCCAGGUUAUCUGUGCAGAGCUUGUAACUUCCUGGUAGGACCAGAAAGCAUCUGCAUAAAAAUUUUUUUGAAGAGGAGUUAAUUACAGAUGAGGGCCGCAAAGACUGCCUGAGUCUAAGAACCUUAUACACAUAUACAUCAGAGGUCCCAGUAGCUGCUCAUGCAACAGGAACUUUGCUGGGCGACAGUAAUAUUUUCAUUGAUUUGUGUUUGUGUGUCUCUGUGUGUAUUGUGUGGUGUGUAUGUUUUUGUUCCUUGUGUGUGGUGUGUGUGUUUGUCUGUGUGUGUUUGGACCACGUUUGGCUGAGCUUGUUUAUACUAAAGUUGUGUAUUAGUGUAAUACUAGGUAAUUUUGUGUUUGUGAUAUG